AUGUCAAUCUCAUCAACUCAAUUCCUUCGUAUGGACCCACUCGACCCAAACUCUUUUCACCAUAAAUUUUCUAUAGUUAAUGGUAUCACGCUUCAUUACGUAGACGAAGGUGAGGCACGCAACGGGGCAAUAGUUCUCUGCCACGGGUUUCCAGACUUGUGGUAUGGUUGGCGUUACCAAAUUCCAUUCUUAGUCAAGAAAGGAUAUCGCGUCAUUGUACCCGACCUUCGAGGGUUUGGGCAAACGGAUGCGCCAAGGUGCCCCCCAGAAAAAUUACAGUUGUAUGGGAUUAAGAAUAUCUGUCAAGACUUGGUUGAAUUAACCGAGCAAUUGAAUAUUCAAAAGGCUAUCUAUUGUGGACAUGAUUGGGGUGGGGUGGUAGUUUGGCGUAUGGCUUUGUAUUAUCCAGAACGUGUAAAAUCUGUAAUCAGCAUUUGCACCCCUUAUAUCCCACCGCGUGAUAGAUAUUAUAACAUUGAAACUAUAGCUCGGAUGAUUCCGACUUUUCAAUAUCAAAUCUAUCUCUCGCAUCCGAAAGCCGAGAUCGAGUUAGACAGUAAUGCUGAAGCUUUCUUCAAAGGAUCGAUGCGCACCAGUAAAAAAGAAGAUGAGUUUAAACUCUUUGAUGGUAAAAUAUAUCUGGGAAAUUUGAAUAAGGUGACGAGAAGUUCAUUGAUCUCGGAUAAGAUCACUGCGGGUAAAGACAAAGUGCUCGGAGCUGAGAUGACCAAAGAUAUGUCAAAAGAUUGUUCGGAUUUGGUGAUUGAGGACAUUGGAUGA